AAAAUGUAGGAAGAAAAUUUGCAGAUGACAAAUUAUUUGUAAAUAACUUUCCCAGUUCCUGUCGGUUGUCAUGGCACAAGUUGCCGUAAGAGAUGUUUCCCUCACCUCUCACAUCAGAGACCCUGGAGCCAGGGUGAGGGAAUUAUGUAAUUAUGCCUGUAAAGUGGAGAUUGACCCUCAGAUUCCCCCUAGGAGGUACCUCAGAUCUGGUCAUGAAAUGCUGAGGAUGGCAAAAGUCUACCAGGAUGAAAAAAACUAUGAGCAAGCAUUCAUUCUGUAUACAAAGUUCAUAUCUCUGUUUGUGGAAAAAUUACCCAAACAUCCUGACUAUAAUUCGGCUCCUGCUGGUGAUGUUGUGGCAAUAAAGAAGAAAGUAAAGCUUGUGUUUCCUAUUGCUGAAGAGUUGAAAACCAUUUUGAAAAAGAGAUACACAGAAAUCGAAAAGAGACGUGUAGAGGAAGAGCGUAUUAUACAAGAGGAGUUAGAGAGAGAACAAGAAAGAUUACGACAAGAAGAGGAAGCUAGACGACAGGAAGAGGAAGCCAGACAAAUCCAGGCUAAAAGUGAAGCCGAAACAAAAUGGCUAGAUGAACAGGAACGCAAAUUACAGGAAUUAAAAGAAAAAGAAUUACUGAAAAAUAUUGAUCAAGACAGUGAAAGUAAUGAGAAAAUUGUGAAAAAUGACAACAAGGAAGGGUUGAAUAACCAGCGCCCAUCUGCAACAGGAGGGAAUCUGACUUAUAUACACAAUGACUUUGGGGAAAGACCAGUGGAGAAAAAUCUGAUUAAAGAUUCUCAGUAUCCCAGUAUUCCUGAUAGAGAGCUGAAGAAAAACCUAGUCAUUUCUGAUUACUCCACUCCAACCAUAAAUGGUGUUCCAGAUAUUGACAGAAGCACCAAACCUGACCACUUUACCAGCACCGGCUUCUCUGGCCUUCGUGAAGUUGUUGUCCCAUCAGAUCUGAUGAGGAAGUUUAUGGUGCUCGCGGAGCAUAACACAUUAAGAAAUAUUGAAACCUGUGGUAUUCUUGCUGGAAAGUUGAUACAUAACAGUUUCCACAUAACACAUGUGCUGGUCCCUAAACAGACAGGAACUACAGACACAUGUGUAGCAGAGGAUGAGGAGGACUUAUUUUUGUACCAAGAUCCAAGGGAUCUCAUCACUUUGGGGUGGAUUCAUACACAUCCAAGCCAGACAGCUUUCCUCUCUAGUGUAGACAUGCAUAAUCAGUAUGGGUACCAGGCUAUGUUACCUGAGGCCAUAGCUAUUGUAUGUGCACCAAAGUAUAAUGAGACAGGAAUAUUUACACUGACAUCUGAUCGAGGCCUUCCAGAGAUUGGACAAUGCAGGGAGAGAGGAUUUCACCAACACACAAAAACACCACCAUUGUUUGAUUCUUGUUCCCAUGUUCGUGUCGUGGACACAGAGAGAAUUGAAGUGGCUGAUUUGAGACAAAAAUGAGACGUCCUUUGAAUGUUUGAUCUGCGGGGAGUGACAGUAGUAUUACGGUGCUGAGGCCAGAUAACUUAUGAACAAAUCCUAACUACAUGUAUAUGAACAAUGUCUAAUAACCUGAUAUGAUAUACAGUCCAAGUGUAUUGUUUUAAAUUCAUAUUGCUUAUUCUGCAUGUGUACAUUUUUUCAGAUAAAAACAUUUUUCUUCAGAUAUUUGCUCUCCUUGUGUAUUUUUUAUUUGCAAUUCAAAUUUCAUAACACCCAUUAAAAUACAUUUGUUGAAAUUUCAUGGCAAGUUAUCAUUAUCAAAGGUCAUGUGUGGUGAUUUAUUCAUCAGGCCUUGAUAACAGGUUCAGGGUUCACACCCCCCCUUUUUUUUUUUUUUAAAUUUGUUUGUUUUUCUGAGAUCUUUUAUUGAGGGUCCUCGUUGAUUUCAUAGAAAUAAGGUAUGUUUAGUCAUCUAUAGCCACUUACAGGGUUGAUAUUUCACAUCAAAGUAUCUUUUCCUAUAAAAUUUAUUACUGUUAAUUCUGUUAGGAAAGACAUUUAUACACCAGGUAGUGUAAUCAUGGAUAUGUUAGGUGUAACUUUAGACAGAAAUGCAACCAAAAUGUAUACCAUUAUAAAUAUUAGUGAUUAUAAACUUGACAAAUGUAUAGACCGACUUACUGUGUAAAAGUAUUUUUUCAUUAUUAUUAGACAUCUCUGUUCUUUUUACUUUCUGACCAUAAUUUAUAUUUCAAUGCAUUUUAAAAAUGAUUCAAUUGAAAUAUAUUUUACUUACUGAAAAUACAUGUACAUGAAACCAUCAAGAUGUCAAUUUUUGUUGGAAAUGUUUGUUGCUUUUAUGGUAGUGGAAAACUUCCUUAAUAAACUUGGUAUGUUAUUUUUAUCACCUGACAAUACCAUGUGUUUAAGUCAGAAGGAACUCUGAUAUAAAAUAUGCUGGGCAACCAUCUUCCAGGUUUUAAUUUUUAUUGAGAACUUAUUUUUUAAAAAGUAUAUAUGUGUAAAUAUAUGUAAGAACUAUAAGAAUGUAGUGCAUUUUACAUAUUUCAAAUGUUGUCGUCUUCAAAAAUAAUAAAAACUGUACUGUAGGCAAGUUAUUGUUUAGACACUGCAUUAAUAUUUGUUAGUCAUUUUAAAGUGAUCAUGGCAUACAGAGUGUACAUUAUGUGGCAUUGAUGUUUUACAUGUAUGCAUGGCUGUGAUAUUGUACCCAGAUAAAAUUUGUAAAUUAUAAUAACAAAUCAACAAGCAACAUUUGCGGCUCUGUAGUCCAAAAUCUUCUGGGUUAUUUUUCAGUUAAAUGUUCAUGCACUAUGAAAUAAAAUAAAAAUGUGUAUUUUA